AGGAGGAGAGGACCAGAAGUCGGGGCUUCGCUCGAGUAGGAGGCGGCCGCCGCCGCCGCGAUGCAAUCCCUGCCGACGGCCUGACCCUUGCAACGCUGAGACCUCCCAGCCCUGCUCUUGUAACGGGGACGAGACAAACGCCACUGCUGAGGAGAAGGAAGAGGAAAAAGGUGGAGGAACUUUCUGUGGACCCGGAGCCUUCCUGGGGCUGUGGCCGGGCCGUGGCGGCAGAAAGAGCAGCAAGGCGAUCUUCUUUGGAAGACGACACUGGACUUUUUCCCGGAUCCAGACCCUUGUUUAUUAUGCGAGCUGUGCUCACUGGGGAGGAGGAGGAGGAGGACUCCUGAGCAAGCGCCGGUGCCAAGAGCUGCAGAGGCUUCAGCCUGCCUGCCUGCCUGCCUCCUUCUUCGUUGCUCUUGAGUCCGGGUCUCUGAAUGAGCCAGCUUUGGGCUGCUUUCCCGCUGUGCCCCGCAGCAAGCGCCGCUGCGCCGCGCACUCGCGAGCGGCCCCUGAGAAGCCCAAGGAGCUGCCGCAGCCUCGGCGGAGCUGCCAUGGUGUAGCGAAGUGCCGCUGGAGGCCUCGGGACAGUGCCAGGGGAGCUGGACUGGGGUGAGGAAAGAGAGAAAAAGAAAGCAGCCUCGCGCUCGCUUUGACUCUGGAAGAAAGGCAGUUCCGUGGGGUACCGCCAACUCUGAGUGUACUUUUGCUCCCCACUUCUCAUCCAGGAUACAAAAUGGCGCUGCCGGGAUGGGGAAAGUUGGGGUCCUUGCUGCUUUCAGAUGCCUUUUGGAGUUGGCUCCUGAUUUUCCAAACGUGCGUGGGAUUCGGGUCGUGUUUCGAGCGGCAGCCCUGCGACUCCAACUGUACCUGUAGUGGCGAUCUUCUGGACUGCAGCGGCCGGGGGCUUGAGAAAGUUCCUGAGGGGCUGCCCACCUGGGCAGUUUAUCUAAACCUGAGCCACAACAAGUUGACAGAGAUUGAUCCUUCUGCCUUCACAAAGCUGCCAAACCUACGGGAGGUGAGACUUAAUAACAAUGAACUGACGGCUAUUCCAUCCCUGGGAGCAGCUUCUGUUCACAUAACCUCCCUGUACCUGAAUCGCAACAAGAUCCGUAGCAUUGAGGCAAGCCAACUACAGCCAUAUGUUGCCCUGGAAACAUUGGACCUGAGCUCCAAUGAUCUCACAGAAAUCCGAAGUGGCUGUUUCCCAGUGGGGCUUCACAUAAAGGAUCUCUACCUGGGGAGCAACAGAAUCAGCAUCCUGGAGACGAAGGCUUUUGAUAGUCUGUCACGAUCCCUGCUAACGCUUCGCCUGAGUAAAAACAGGAUCACUCAGCUUCCUGUGAAAGCAUUCAAGCUGCCCAGGCUCAUGCAACUAGAGCUAAACCGGAACCGUAUUCGUCUGAUAGAAGGCCUGACGUUUCAAGGGCUGGACAGCUUGGAAGUUCUGAAGCUACAGCGCAACAACAUAAGCAAGCUAACCGAUGGAGCUUUCUGGGGUCUGGCCAAAAUGCAAGUUCUGCAUCUGGAGCACAAUGUCCUUACGGAGGUGAACAGCGGAUCCCUGUAUGGUCUUGCAUCUCUUCAGCAAUUUCAUCUCAGUAACAACUUGAUAUCCCGUAUCAGUCCCGUUGGAUGGAGCUUCUGCCAGAAGCUGAAUGAACUGUCAUUGUCGUUUAACAACCUGACUAGGCUGGAUGAGGGGAGCUUAGCAGAUUUGGGAGGACUGCAAAUACUGCAUCUCAGCCACAACUCCAUUAGCCACAUUGCAGAGGGAGCAUUCAAGGGACUCAAAAGCUUGCGUGUUCUGGAUCUAGACCAUAACGAGAUUUCAGGCACAAUAGAAGACACCAGUGGGGCCUUUACAGGCCUGGAAAACUUAAGCACACUAACUCUGUUUGGAAACAAGAUCAAGUCUGUGGCCAAGGAGGCGUUCUCAGGCUUGGAGGCCCUGGAACACCUAAACCUUGGAGACAAUGCCAUACGGUCUGUUCAGGAGGAUGCAUUUGCCAAGCUGAAGCAUCUGAAGAAGCUCCACAUAAAUAGCGAGAGUUUCCUGUGUGAUUGUCAGCUCAAGUGGUUGCCGCUGUGGUUAACCAAGAAGGAACUGCAGCCAUUUGUGGAAGGUACCUGUGCCCACCCAGAGUCAUUAAAGGGCAGAAGCAUUUUCGAUGUGGUGCCAGAAAAUUUUGUGUGUGAGGAUUUCCCCAAGCCCAAGAUCAUUGUUGAGCCAGAAACGACGAUGGCUGUUCUGGGGAAGAACAUCCGCUUCACCUGCUCAGCCGCAAGCAGCAGCAGUUCCCCCAUGACCUUUGCCUGGAAGAAGGACAAUGAAAUCCUGCAUCAUGCUGAGAUGGAGAACUUUGCUCACGUCCGGGCAAGAGAUGGCGUGGUGAUAGAGUACACCACCAUUCUGCACCUGCGCCACGUCACCUUCAAUCAUGAGGGGCGCUACCAGUGCAUAAUUACCAACCAUUUCGGCUCCACCUAUUCUCACAAAGCCCAACUGACUGUGAAUGUGCUGCCAUCAUUCCUCAAAACUCCCCAUGACAUUGCAGCCCGGACAGGGACAACAGCUCGGCUGGAGUGUGCUGCUGGUGGUCACCCCACCCCACAAAUUGCUUGGCAGAAGGAUGGAGGCACUGACUUCCCUGCAGCUCGUGAGCGACGGAUGCAUGUCAUGCCCGAUGAUGACGUCUUCUUCAUCACAGACGUGAAGAUUGAGGACAUGGGCAUUUAUAGCUGCACUGCACAGAAUUCUGCUGGCUCUGUGUCAGCAAAUGCAACCCUGACAGUGCUAGAGACACCAAGCUUGGUUCACCCCCUGGAGGAUCGCGUCGUGUCUGUGGGUGAGACGGUGGUUCUGCAGUGUAAGGCGACAGGCAGUCCCCCUCCGCGCAUCAACUGGCUGAAGGGCGACCAGUCUCUGGUAGUCACUGAUAGGCAUCACUUCACUCCAGGCAACCAGUUGCUUAUUGUCCGGAAUGUUGUGGUGGAGGAUGCCGGGAAAUACACCUGUGAAAUCUCCAACACGGUUGGGACGGAACGGGCACACAGUCACGUCAGCGUGCUGCCUUCGCUCGGGUGCCGGAAGGAUGGCACCACCGUUGGGAUUAUCACUAUUGCUGUUGUGGGCAGCAUCGUGCUGACGUCCAUCGUCUGGGUGUGCAUCAUCUAUCAAACCAGAAAAAAGAGCGAAGAAUACAGUGUCACAAACACAGAUGAGACCAUUGUCCCACCUGAUGUGCCAAGCUAUCUGUCAUCCCAGGGGACCCUUUCUGAACGACAGGAGUCGGUGGUCACAGUGGAAAAUGGCCAGCAGCCCAACGGGCACAUACAGAGCAAUGGUGUUUGCCAGCCUGAAGGAGGACGGGAUCCAGAAGCCGAUGCUCACCCAGUCAUCUACCGACAGCCAAAGCUGUGUUUAGGGUACAAUAAGGAGGGUUGGAAAGGAGAAGAUAUAGCUGAAAGGAUGCUGGCUGCUGACAAGACAGAUUACAACUUGCCAGUUGUAUGCACCGAUUGCAGCGGCAGCACCGAGAGCAUGAGCGUCACCAUUUACCCCAAGGAUCCAGAUUAUUGCCCUCGGCCUGCAGAGGGUACACCUUCUAAUGCUUCCAGUGGCAAAGAGUCCAGCAGGCAUGACCGAAUACCUGCAGCCAACAGUCAAGGUCUUUCCAAGUGUAACGGGAUGAUGAGCAGCAGGAAGGCCGACGUCAGCGGUAUUGUCUACCCCAGUAAUCACGAUAGGAUAUUGCCUGCUGGCCCAAGCCAGCCCGCUCCAGUGGACAGCAAAGGUUCUUUGCAGCCUUUAACAAAAUCCUCAGAGCCAUACGGCUGUUUACUGCCUCCUGAAGGCUCAUCGAGGUGCCUAAAAGGAACUGCUGAGCUAUCUCAGACCUUGCCAGAAGUGGAAUCUAAACAAACACUUCUUUCCAAUGGACACUUACCAAGGUCACGUGACUCUCUUCAUGAGUCAAGCCACUGAAAAAAUUACACCAGACCAAGAAAACUGCUAUGUGCAAAUUGAACCGAACAUGAAAUACACACAGAGAAUUUCUUUGCACAGAAUUAUCUAAGCUACUUCUACCUCAAGUUCUGAACGGACAGCUUCUUACAGGAAAGAGAGAAGAAAAAGAAAACAAAAUGAGGUAUAAGAAGCAAGCUUGUGUGGGGAAACAAAGUCCUAACUGGUGCCCACUUGUAAAUAGUUCUUAAGUUACCCCAAGAAGUAUCCGUGGCUCACACGUUGGCUUGCAUAUAAAGCACAGAAAUGCAAAUGGUUAUUGUGUAAAGUAUUUGAUAACAAAUUUGUACAUAAGAGUUUUCAUAUAAAUAUAUAUAUAUAUAUAUAUAUAUAAAAUCUAUAUAUAUAUUAUAUAUCUUCUAACAGAGGUUAUUUUAUUCCUUGGUGCAUGAUCAAACUGAGUGAAAGUAUACAAUGUUGACAACGUACAUUGUUUUCUCGCGAUAGGGUGGUGGUUAGGUUCUCUUAAACGCCACCCGUGCAAGAGUUCUGGUGCCUUAAGCAGAACUUCCAAGAAU